CGAAAUUUUGCAGUGUCUAUGUCUAUGUCCUUCGUCUUAACACAUAUAGAUAAUGUGUUUUUAAUCAGUCAGUCCUAGUGUGUUUUUGAACUUUAAUAGUGCGACCUCUAAAUAUAUAUAAAUACAGUGAUAUUGGCGAGUUAUUUUUUUUCUAGUCUCUUUCAUACUUUCUCGUUAGACAGUUGAACGUUAGACGAUUUUUGGUUUUGAAACGUUGUUAGUGACUUUUUUGAAAUUGUGAAAGAAAUGGCUCCUGAAAUAUCACAUAAAACCAACAUCCAUCCUCCAGAAGAGCAUCCUCCAUCUUCAGAGAGCCUGGCGUCCAAAGAUAUAAGAGACAAAUGCAGAGAGUUGAUUUUAACCAAUGAAAAACUACACAAAUUGAUGAAAGUAUUUUUGGAAAAUGUUCACAGAGGUUUGAAAAAAGAAACACACCCAACAUCGAUCGUGAAAUGUUUUCCAACAUACGUGCAAGAUCUUCCAAACGGAACAGAAAACGGCAAAUUUCUAGCCCUAGACCUGGGUGGCACGAACUUCAGAGUCCUCCUCAUCGAGCUCAGUGGCGAACACUUUGAAAUGAAAUCCAAGAUCUUCGCCAUUCCCCAACACAUUAUGUUAGGAUCAGGCGAACAACUUUUCGAUCACAUCGCCGAGUGUCUGGCUAUUUUCGUCAAAGAAGAGCAGGUGGCCGACCAAAAGCUACCUUUGGGUUUCACAUUCAGUUUCCCCUUGUCGCAGAAAGGAUUGACAGUUGGAUACCUUGAAAGAUGGACCAAGGGAUUCAAUUGCUCCAACGUAGUGGGAAACGACGUGGUGCAAAUGUUGAACGAAGCUAUUGAAAGACGUGGGGACGUACAGAUUGAGAUAUGUGCUAUUUUGAAUGACACUACAGGAACACUAAUGUCUUGCGCUUGGAAAAAUCACUCAACACGGAUAGGUUCUAUUGUGGGUACCGGCUCCAACACUUGUUACGUGGAAAAACAAGCGAACGCCGAAACAUGGAGCGACGUGGACAUGGGCUCUGGAAACGUGCUGAUCAACCUGGAAUGGGGAGCGUUUGGGGAUGACGGCGCUUUAGACUUCAUCAGGACUGAAUAUGAUGAGGACAUCGAUAGAAACUCUGUAAACCCCGGAAAGCAAAAGCACGAGAAGAUGAUUUCUGGAAUGUACAUGGGAGAAUUAGUGAGACUGGCUUUAGAAAGAUUCACGAAAGAAGCUUUACUCUUCGGCGGAAAAGGAUCAGACAUGUUAUUCGAAAGAGGACGAUUCUACACAAAAUACGUAUCAGAAAUAGAAAGUGACCCACCAGGAGUAUUCAACAAUCUUAGAGAUAUUUGUGAAGAAUUAGGACUUAAACACGCCACAGAACAGGACUUUAUCAACAUCAGAUACAUCUGUGAGUGUAUAUCGAGAAGAUCCGCCCAUCUAGUGUCUGCUGGUUUGGCCACUUUACUUAACAAAAUGGGCGAGAAGAAAGUCACCAUUGGCGUCGACGGAUCAGUAUACAGGUUUCACCCACAUUUCCACAACCUCAUGAUGGAGAAAAUCAAAGAAUUGGCCGAUCCCAGCAUAGAGUUUGAUUUGAUGCUCUCCGAAGACGGCAGCGGUCGAGGAGCAGCCCUAGUAGCAGCGGUGGCAGCAAGACUACAAAAAGAAGCAGGCCGAACAUAACAUCAGCUAGUUUAAAAUAUAAAUUUGUUAUUUUUUAUUAGAAAAAAAACGAUUAUUCAUGAUUGAAUACAAAACAAAAACUCAUAGAAAAAUGUUAAUUGGGUUCCUAUAGACUGCAUUUGUAGAUAUUAAACAUAAAGGAAUCUUUACUUUUUUCCCGUCGAUCCUCAGAUUUUUUUAAUCAUUGAGUAGUUUUUUUUGUGCCUGAGGAGUGACUUUUUAACCCUCUUUAAUCACUAUGUGACUAUCAGAAAGCUAAAUCCUAAAAUUUUUAUUCGAGAUCUUCUUACUAAAAUUUCAGGAUUCAAUAUUUUUAUAAAGUUAUUCUGUUAACCCUUAUCAAAACCAACCCCGGAAACUUUUUUGAGGUUUCAGUCGCUAUUUUUGAGCGAAAUACGGCAUUUGUGAGGUUAUGUCCAAGUUUUCGAUCCAAAAUAAACCUAAUUAUCUAUGUUAUUUUCAUAAAAGUUCAGUUUAAAUACAUUUUAGAAACAUUUCGAAUGAAUACAAAAUGCCGAAAACAACUAUUAUGAUGAGAAUCGUUUCAAUUUGGUUUAUUUUUAUAUAUCUAAGACUUGUGACAAACUUCACAGUAUGACGUCAUCACCAAUAUGGCGUGUAGUAUGAGGUUGCUUUCCGGGGUCGGUUUGAUAAUCGAAAAAUUAUUUAUUUUAGAUUUGUUGUCAUUACAUUGUGAUUUUGCAUUGCCUUUUGAGAAAGAAUACUCCAUAAUGCAUUCAAUGGAGUCCGAGUUGUACAUAAAAGCAAAAAAAUGUCCAUCUAGUUCAAAAAUGGCGGCAUGUAGUGAAAUGAGUUGCUGGACAACGUAUAUGUAAGGCCGUUUUUGGAUAAUUUGUAAUUUUAUCGUUUGAUUUUGUCAAAUCAUACAAUUAGUGAUUGAUAUGUAGCGGAUUUCGGUCUACGAAUCUCAAUUUCUUUUCGAUAACAUUUUUGGUACUAAGUAUAGUUUAUGAAAAAAUGUAGUUUUAAAAUUUAUAAUGAUUCACACGUCAGUGUAUUAACAGUAUUUUUUUCUUUUUACUAUGUUUUGGACGAUCUAGAAAUACCUACAUUGCUAUAAUGUUGUUUUUAUUUUAAAAAAUAUGGAUUUGUCAGUUAAUAUGACAAUAAAUUUACAUUAGUUAAGACGAACACAAUUCAAAAAUGAUUAUCGAACUAGAAAUAUAACUAGACACUCCGCAAUUUACUUUUUUUUGUAGAAACCCACCAUUGGCAUCUGAAAAACAAGAUAUUGUACCAAUACAUUCACAAAUAUUGAUUUAUUUAACCAUUUGUACAAAAAAAAUCAGUAUUUUAAAGCACUAAAAGAUAAUUCAUGUUUUUUAAACUAACAUUACCUAGAAAAAAAGUUUCUUAUACGUUUUUUACUGUCUUUAAGCUUUUAUGUACAAUGUUCGACUUUUCCAUCUUGUUUUUAUUGAAUGCUGUAUAGUUUUUGCAACUAGUAUGAUGUAAUAUGUGAUCUUAGCUACUAGAUCUACAACUUAUAAAUGUAUAUACACACAAUCUUGCGCGUUCGCUGUGAAGAGUACUGUGAGUACUGGGUAAUCUAGAGAAACGGUACUUAACGAUGUUUUAUACCAAGGCAAUGGUUUAUUUUAUUGUAAAAAAUAAAAAUAUAUAGUGUAGUUAACACGCAA